AUGUCUGAAAAGCCUCCACGAGUUGUUCUGAAGGAAGGAACAACCGUGGGAAAUUUCACAAUAGGCAAACAGAUCGGACAUGGCGGAUAUGGUGAUGUUUAUAUCGUAACUCACAAUAAAUCAAACAAAAUGUUCGCAUUUAAAGCUGAAAUCUUGCAAAAAAAGAGACCUACGCUUCAGCAUGAAGUCAAAGUACUAAGAAAACUUUCCUCACCAGAAUAUCCAACAGUUUUAGCAACUGGUGGCACAGAUCAAUUCAAAUGGUUUGUUAUGGACUUAUACGGCAAAUCAUUAUCGCAAUUACGCAGAUUAUUACCAGGAAGGAAGUUUCCCAUGAUGUUUGUUGUCCCAAUUGCUCACGAAACUUUUCGACUUCUGAAAAAACUGCAUCAGAAAGGAUAUAUUCACAGAGAUGUAAAACCAAGCAAUUUUGUAUAUCGACGUAUUAAAAAUACUCAACCAAUUGUUUUGAUAGAUUUCGGAUUUGCAAAAAAACAUAUCGACCCUUCUACUGGAAAACCAUUUCCUGUUAACAACGGGAUAGGGUUUGUAGGCACUACGAUGUAUGCCUCAGACAAUGCGCUCAAAGGCUGCGACCUUGGGCGUUGCGAUGAUUUAAUGUCAUGGUUUUAUAUGAUUGUCGAGUUUGUACAAGGGAAAUUACCAUGGGCGUGCGGUGGACAACGAAGUGACGUUGUCAGAUUACGACAAAGAGUUACACAAUCUGAAAUUCUUUUAAAUAUGCCUUCACAACUCAAAAAUAUCUACAAUUAUCUUCAAGAACUUAAGUACGAAGAUGACCCAGACUAUGAUAGAAUCGAGAGGCAGUUAAGAGAUGCAGCAGAUAAAUACAAUACAAAGAAUGAUGAUAUUCUUUGGAAUGCGUUCGAUGAGUACCUGUUUGGAACAGGAAAAUUCGAAGAGGAAGAAGAUGAUGAAGAAGAGGACGAUUAUAGUUUAACUUUAAGUGCCCUCGAUGAAGGCUGUCGUAUUAAUUAA